AUUUAAAGCCUGAAAUGACAAAUAUUCCUAUUUUGUUGCCUUUUUAAAUAGAAUUACUUUUUUAUUUUCUUUUUUAACAAAGCACUGUCAUUGCGGAUUGGGCCACUUACUCUGCUGCUGUAGAAAAUCACAGCAUUUUUAAUUGCAGCUUUAAUGGUUUUUAAAACGUUAAAUAAAAUUGGCACGUCAGUAUUUUUUAUGCAAUAAACGUUCAAUUGCUCUUCACGCUGCUGGGAGUUCCCGUAGACGUUUGCGCAACAUCCUUCAUUUGGCCGCGCGCGUCACGUCGAGACCAUAGGAACGUCGCACGCUUACCGCGGAUUUGAUCAGCAGCUGAUUUGUAGAGGGUGAACACAAACGGGGGUGUGGUUUAGAUCAAUAACUACCUCUCAGUUAACAGUAAAAUCCAAAUCCUGCAGCACCCCGAGGGUAGAGAGAUGUUGUCGAUCAGAUCCGGAGCACAGGGUGGCUUCUGUGGACUAUAUUUCGUUUCGUCCGCAUAAAUUAUGAUAUUUCGUGGACGCCGAUUCUCCAGUCGAGGCUUUCAGGCGCAUACAGUUGGUCGAGGAGGAUAAGUUCUUGCUGAACUGCCGUUUUUCUACAUUAUGAGAUGGAUAGUACAUUCACGUGAAUGGGUUUGGACCCAGAGCUGAGAACACAAUCUUCUCUAAAUAUAAGAAAACUUGGUUUAUUUUUCUUGUUUACCGGGGUGAAAUGUACUCUGACGGAACAAACACAAAACAUGUCUGGCUAGAACAUUCCUAACAAUGCUGUCUCUGAAAUAUCAUUACCCCAAUAAUUAGGAUCUGCCAGUCAUUCAUGAGGCUCAUUGGGAUUAAUUUAGCUCUACAGUCGGCAAAGGAGAAACUUCUGACAAAUUAAGUUGUUCUUAUUGCUCUGAAAGCACUAAAUGAGUGACUGUGUGCCGCAAAUACAGAAAGAUGAACAACACUCUGCAAGACAGAAACAUGUUCACAGUACAAGCAGACGUUAUAUUUCACGCUGCAAACCCCGACUCUCCAGAACCACCUAUCCCCGCUGAAGGGAACAACAACAACAAUGUCCCAUCUUUGGGGAAAACGGGUAUCCCCAGCAUGGAAAUACUGCAGGAUCUCCAGGGUACUUGGAAUACAUCUGAGUCAAGAGGUUUGACUGACAACAGGAGUUUGGGACACUACGGUGCCGAAUACACAGAAGACGCUGUAUCUAGCGACAGUGGAUUUCAAGAGCACAUUCAGUCUCUGGACUCAAGAAGAGCACAAAAUCUAGACCUCAGUUUAAGAAAUAUGAGUCAAGCUUCAAGUCAAGGGAAUAUUAGAGAAGAAACGAAUGGAACAAAGGUAUCUUGCAGUUUGGCACCCUCGCUGUGCUUCAGACCAGAGAACAAGGAGGAAAUUGACAAAUUAUCCAAUGCUCUAAGAGAUGGGGAGGUUGUUCGGAGUCAGUUUGACAUUAAAAAUGUCUCCUUCACUGAGGACAGAAAUCAUUCAUAUUCAAGCUCCCAUGAAACGAGGUCAUUUGAGAAAACCCUGGGAUGCUUUAUAAGUUCCUCAGAAGGAGCAGAUCAGACCCGCUACAGAACAUCAUUUGGACAGACUGGGCUGGAAUCAAGCCAAGGGCUAAAGCAGAGUGGAUCUGCAGUAAGAGAAGCUCUCUCGGCAAAAGAAGAGCCGAAUUUAGUCAUAGAGGUGGGCGGACAGAAAAUACAAGUGCACAAAUCAGUAUUAGCUGAGAAAAGUGAUUAUUUCAAAGCCAGGCUUUCUAGAGACAUCCUGAAGGUAAAAGGAAUGAGCUACAAGACUUUAUUGGUGCUUGUAGAUUAUGUUUACACCUCUCAGAUGAACGUAAGCAAAGCUGAUGUUGUGGAUGUCAUCACAGGGGCAAAGAUCCUGCAGAUGCCCUGUGCGGUACAGGCUGCUAUUGAUACUGUAUCCACACAGAUCACACCCGAGAACUGUUAUGAAAUCCUAACUAUCGCUAAAAAGCAGCGACUAAAUGAACUGAAAGAAACCACCUAUCGAUUCAUGAGCGACAACUAUCUCCAGGUCCUGAGAGAUCCAGCGGUCUACGGGCGCCUCACGGGCUCAGAGAGAGAUCUCAUCCUGCGCAAACGGAUGGAGAGCCACAAGUGUCUGAUGGUGGCGGAACUCAACGAUGUGUUUGAACGUGUUGGAAGUAGACCACCCAGCAGAAACAGCAGCCGUCCCCAGAGUCCCCUCUCCAUCACGUCUUUUGAGGACAAUCACAUGAUCUACUACUACAACACGAGCAGUAAGGACUGGCACACCCUGACCGUCAUGCCGGACGACAUCAAUACCAGGGGCUGUGGGAUCUGUACCUUAUACAACUACUUGUUUGUGGCCGGCGGGAUCAGGGGAACUGGGGAGAAAAGCAAAGUCUCAGACAAAGUGUUCUGCUACAAUCCCAUCACAGACCGCUGGAGCGAAGUCCGACCCAUGAACCAAGCACGAUCGCAACUCAAGCUCGUCUCCAUGGAUGGGAACCUGUACGCCAUUGGCGGUGAAUGUCUUUUCACGGUGGAGAAGUAUGACCCUCGAAUGGACCGCUGGACGGCGGUGGCUCCUCUACCUAAAGGGGCAUUUGCGGUGGCUCACGAAGCCACUACGUGUAACGGUGAGCUGUAUGUAUCGGGAGGCUCUCUUUUCUAUCGGUUGCUGAAAUAUGACCCCAAGAGAGACGAAUGGCAGGAGUGUCCGUACAACAACAGCAGGAAAAAAUCCACAGACAUGGUGGCUCUCAAGAGCUUCAUCUACCGAUUCGACGUCAACCGCGAACAGGGCAUCAGCGUCUUUAAAUACAACACCAUCGUGAAGAUGUGGCACGACUGUGCCUCCCAGCAGCAGGGCUGCAUGCUGCCUUUUCGAUGCGCCGUCAUCGAUAAUUGCAUCUACUGUGUGAAUAAAUCUCAGACUCUUCAGUUUGUUGUGGAAGACGAUGGAGGUCGCUUCAAAGACGAGUCUCUAAAAGCACCUGUGGAGGCCAAAGGGAUCUUAUUCCCUUUCAUUCUCAGUUUGCCUGAGAGAGGUGGAAGAAUUGCAUGAGUAGGAUAUUUCAUCCCUCUGAUGACCCUUCGGAGUCGCUUGUGAAAGAGAAUGCCUGGUCAAUAUUUAUAGAUUAAACAUCGUCUCCAAAGAAGUUCAAGGAGCCAGCACGUAGUGCUUGAAACUGGAAUGUGUGUCUUUGCAUGGUAAGAAAAACAAAUGUAUGUUUGGCGCCUUAAAAUCAUAGCCCCACUCCAACUUUGGGAGACGAAGAAAGUCGGACAUUUAUAGCUCAUUUGUGCAGUCUUAUCCUUCAUUUGUUUUGUGCAAUUUGUAUCGGAUAGUAAUGUAGGAUGAACUUUGCCACAGGAAUUUGCAAAAAAAAACAAAAACCUCCAUUUGUAUAAAGGCUAGUUCAUACUGCACCAACAGAUGCUGACCAGUACCAACAAUCACCAGACAUUCCGCAACCUGACACACUCAGUUAAACCUACGAAAACACGACUAAACCCAACAAAUGUUUCUGUUGCUGUUGGUCGUCUAUCGUGUAGUGUGAAUUAGCCUUAAAAUGGCAAUGAAUAGCACAAAUAAACAACUGAAGCACAUUUUGUAAUAAUGCGACCCUGUUUCCUACCAACAGGUUCUAUGCAAAUAAAAACCUGAAUAUAAAAUAUAAAUAUAAAACAUUGUUGAACCACAUAAAAAAAGCUCUUAAUUAUAGAACUUUGCUACAGCCAGGGUAAAAAAAGAAAAAUAUUCUAAAGCAGCUGAAGGAGAAGCCAUAACCUUUACUAACAGAGUAACAUUAGGGAAACAUUAAGAGCACAGAGCACUUGACUUCUGUAACUGCUGCUACUCAAAUAUUACUUUAGAAUUCAACCCUGUGCAUUUGCAUUACAGCGUGCACAGUGCUUUUUACUCCUGAGAGUCUUCUGGGUGAUAUUUUGACACUUUCAUUAAGGAAAGUCCAGAAGGCAAAA